AUCCUGCUGUCAAACGUUGUAUUUGGCGGCCAAAUGUAAACAAACAUCUCGCCGGGAUUGCUUGUAUCCUGCUGCAAAACUGCAGAAAACGAGCCGGAUUAUCGUGAAAAAGGAUGGAAUACAGCUCAAAAAAUGCUCACGAGCAUGAAUUUCAUAGAAAUCUCGUGUGUAUCGUUUAUCCGGGGAUCGUAAAGAACCCAGAUCGUAUGAUAGAAACGCUGGGAGGAAUCCGCGAAAUAAGCAACACAUUCGGACAGGAGAAGCGGCGCCUAGAGCUACGCUUUCGGCCAGAAUGCAUUUACUCCAAGCCAGCGUUCGGUGAUGGCCGACCAGCAACCGGGCUCUUGCUGAAGGUGAAAGUGCAGCGACGUAAAUCGCAACCCGACUACCGAUCGAUCAGUUCGGUCCAGAUAAUGGGAUGUGUACGGCGCUGCUACAAUUUCGAUUCGCUGUGUGACUUCCAACAGCUGCCCGCCUUUUAUUUGCCGGCGACGGGAAGGGUCGAAUGUCUGUACAAUGAAAUUGUUCCACGGGGUGCACACACAUCCAGCCCGUUCGAAAAGCCACACAGCACUCCGUCUUUUAUACCGCCCGUCUGCUUCAGCCGGAACGAUUCGAUGAACACGUUCGUGCUGCGCGAACCGAAGAAACCUCGUAAAGCCAACCCACCGGUCGACGGGUGUCACCGGCGACGGCGUCAAAAGCAUGGCAUUUACCACACGUUUUCACUCACCGAACCCAUCCCGGAGAAAGCGACGGCUAUGGCUUUGAAUAUGCUGAACGCGAAAGUCGUUACGGGGAUUGAAAUGGAGCAAGUGCGGCAUGCGUUCUUGACGCGCCCGAUCUGGACAAAGAAUGCACUGAUAAGCAUCAAUAAGCUGGAGUGCAGCAGCCAAACGCUGGGCGUGAUUCUGCCAUCAAUCGCUUACUACUACGUGAACGGGCCGUGGCGCGGUACCUGGGUACGGUACGGGUACGAUCCGCGCAAGCAUUUCGAAGCGCGGGUCUACCAGCUGCUGGACUUCCGCGUGAGGUCCAUUGGUUCGGUGCACGAGUGCAUUAAAAUUAAGCGUCUGUCGCGUGCGAAGGUAAACUACCGGACGGCGGAUACCGUAACACACUACCGGGAUGAUGAGCAACAAUUUGUGAACAGUGAGUUUGACGAGGAAACGGUGCCACCGUAUCGCGUCAUAUACUAUCAGUACUGUGACAUUCAUCUGAAGAAGGUUCAGGAUAUGCUGAAAAAGGUACCGUCGCCCAAGAGUGGAACCGUGUGCGAUGAGCGGAACGGGUGGCUACCGUACCGGUUCGAUGAUCAGUGUCGCAACAUCAUGAUGGAGAUUGUGCUUAAUAACAUUCGCCGGCUGAGCGAGGAGCAUCCGGAAUCGUACGGCGCGAUGGAAUCGGUGGAGGAAGAAGAUGACGAUGAGGGCGAUGAAGGGGAGUUGUCUGGAUUCGAGGUGGAUGAAGAGGACGAGGAUGAGCUGGAAGGAAUGAUGGAUUCGAUGGACGAUUCCAUUACGGAUUGAGGGUCUGUCUUGUAUAUUACGAGUUUACUGGAAACUAAUAGACGUGUGUGUUAACUUGUAA